AUGCAGGUCUUAAGCCGCGGGUCGUAUAAAAGCACCUUAUCAACCUCCUUCAAGGCACGAUUAACCCGGCGAGUGAUACCUGCAUGGAACACAUCGGCAUAUUUCGCAAGGAACUACGUGGAACAGGCGGCGCAGGAUGCUACAGAGCACGCGCCAAAGCAGGGUACGCUUGCACUCCCUUCAACCGGCCGGUUUAACGAGAUCGGGGUACAACAGCUGAGCAGCGUCAUUCACCCUCAAGUAUUUAGCAACAAACCUACGCCUGCGGACCCAAAACUAGUUGCUUUAGCACAGGACCAUUUAUCUCGACAUGAUUUACUAGGCAAGGCGCAGGAUGGCUCUGAUCCGAUCGCAUUCGAUCUUCCGACCCUUAAAGGGCAGAGCCUUGAUGAACACUUCCACAAGCUGGGGAUGGAUGCGUCUGAACCCUUUUUAACCGAUGCCAAACAAUAUGCCACGGUUCAUUUACCCCAACAACCACGAAAAUGGGUCAGACGGAGCGGUUGGACUAAAUAUCAUGACGACGGAACUGCCGAGGAGAUCGAUGCCCCUGAUGAGGCGAUGUUGACGUUCGAUACCGAAGUGAUGUGGAAAGAACAUCCGUUUGCAGUGAUGGCUUGUGCAGCUGGCCCAACGGCUUGGUAUGCAUGGAUCUCGCCGUGGCUCUUGGGGGAAUCUGAAAACACUCAACACCUGGUACCCCUCGGGGACACCUCAAAAUCCCGGAUUAUCGUGGGCCAUAAUAUUGGCUAUGAUCGAGCCAGAAUACUGGAGGAAUACGAUAUCAAACAGUCACGAAACUUCUUUAUCGAUACAAUGUCUCUCCAUGUGGCUGUAAAUGGGAUGUGCUCGCAGCAACGGCCAACUUGGAUGAAGCAUAAGAAAAACAGGGACCUGCGCGAUAAGCUAACGCGCGAAACCGAGUCUGCUGAACUCGCAUCCAUCGUCGAAAAUAAAAUGCUUAGCGAGGAAGAGGAGGAACUAUGGGUGGGAAGGAGCUCCAUAAACUCUCUUCGUGACGUGGCCAAAUUUCAUUGCAAUAUCACUAUUGAUAAAGCCCAACGGAACUACUUUGGUGAACUUGAUCGUGCUGGAAUCCAUGAACGAUUAGACGAGCUUCUUGACUAUUGUGCCGCCGACGUUGCCAUCACUCAUCGAGUGUACAAAAAAGUGUUUCCAAACUUCUUAGAGACAUGCCCCCAUCCUGUCAGUUUUGCGGCAUUACGACACCUUUCAUCCGUUAUCCUUCCCGUCAACGAAACCUGGCAAGAAUACCUAACGAAUGCCGAAGAGACGUACCAUCGUGCAUUGGAAAACGUGCAAAAGAGAUUAAUUGAACUGUGUGAAACCGCGCUGAGUGUGAAAGACAAACCUGAGAUAUAUCAAAACGAUCCUUGGCUUCGACAGCUGGACUGGUCGGGUCAAGAGAUUAGAAUGGUCAAAGGUAAGAAGAAAGGUGACCCUCCACGACCUGCAGCACGACAAAAGAAACCCGGAAUGCCAAAGUGGUAUAAGGACCUAUUCCCGACAAGCAAGUCAGAUAUCAGUAUUACAGUUCGCACCCGAAUAUCACCUAUUCUCUUAAACCUAUCAUGGGACGGAUUUCCACUUGUUUGGUCUGAUAAAUACGCAUGGACAUUUGAAGUUCCCAGAAAAGAGCUACAUCGAUACGCGAACCAGGCGCUUGUUGCAUGCGACAUGGCAGAGGAGACCAACCCUGUUCUGCGUGAGAGCAAAGAGCACGUAUAUUUCAAGCUUCCGCACAAAGAUGGACCGGACGCGCGCUGUACAAGCCCACUUUCAAAGGGAUAUCUACAAUAUUUCGAAAGUGGAAAGCUUUCGUCUCAAUUUCCAUUAGCUAAAGAAGCGCUGGAAAUGAACGCUUCGUGUUCGUACUGGAUAAGCGCGAGGGAUCGAAUAAAGUCUCAAACAGUCGUGUACGAAAAAGAUUUGGUAAAGGCAGAGGAUUCUGGCAAGGAGCCUUCAUCAGAAUCGAAAGUAGGCUUUAUACUUCCACAAGUCAUACCUAUGGGAACAAUUACACGCAGGGCUGUCGAAAACACUUGGCUCACCGCGAGUAACGCUAAACCAAAUCGUGUUGGAUCUGAGCUCAAGGCGAUGGUUCGGGCACCACCCGGCUACGUCUUCGUUGGUGCCGACGUUGAUUCAGAGGAACUUUGGAUAGCAAGUCUUGUUGGUGAUGCACAAUUCCAACUUCAUGGUGGAAAUGCCAUAGGUUUCAUGACGCUCGAGGGUACAAAGGCGGCUGGUACGGACUUGCACUCGAAAACGGCACAGAUCCUAGGUAUUUCUCGAAACAACGCAAAGGUCUUUAAUUAUGGCAGAAUAUAUGGGGCUGGUCUGAAAUUCGCUGCCACGCUUCUACGACAAUUCAACCCAACCAUGUCCGAAGCGGAGACAAAGGCUGUGGCCGCCAAACUAUAUAAAGAGACGAAAGGGACUCGAACGACUCGCAGAAUGCUAAGUGAGAGCCCAUUCCUACGAGGCGGGACUGAAUCGUUCGUAUUCAACAAACUUGAAGAAUUCGCAGAGCAGGAGCGGCCACGGACCCCCGUUCUCGGGGCAGGUAUUACUGAAGCAUUAAUGCGACGCUUUAUUAAUAAAGGCGGCUUCAUGACAUCCAGAAUUAACUGGGCGAUUCAGUCAUCUGGUGUGGACUAUCUCCAUUUACUCAUCAUAUCGAUGGAUUAUCUCAUUAGGCGAUUCAACCUGGACGCCCGUCUUGCUAUUACUGUCCAUGAUGAGAUUCGGUAUGUGGUAAAGGAGACCGAUAAAUACAAGGCUGCAAUGGCGCUACAGGUUGCGAAUCUCUGGACGCGUGCCAUGUUUUCACAGCAAAUGGGCAUCGAUGAUCUCCCACAAUCAUGCGCGUUCUUUUCAGCAAUCGAUAUCGACCACGUUCUGAGAAAGGAAGUGAAUAUGGACUGCGUGACGCCUUCUCAUCCCAACAAAAUCCCUCAUGGUGAAUCCCUUGAUAUCAAUGACCUCCUCGCCAAAGGAGAUCAGGCGAGGUUGGACACCUCAGUUACUCCUUUAUCGCCACCUGCCCCUGAGAAAUACAGCUACACUCCCAGAAAACCCGUCAUGUCAUCUCUACAAAACUCAAGCAGCAUGGACUUUAUCAGAGCGCAAAUCACGAGCGAUGAUAAAGAGCUUCGAGAAUUAAUAAAGGAGACGAUGAAGAAGAAUACGGCCUCGAGUUCGGGAGGUACAACAAAGACAGUCCCGAAGAGAGGAUCAAAAUCGCAAAUACCGCGAUAUGCAGAACCACAAAAGGCCGUAUUAAUGGAUAUUCAGCCGGAUCUCCUUCCAGGUGUCAAAUCACAGCAGAGUUUCACGAAACCCUCGUCCUUUACCAUUCAUCGCUUCGGCUGGAAACCAAAACCAGCCUCUGUAUAA